AUGGCCAAGAGUAAGAAAAAAAAAGGCAAGCUCCCAGGUUUUGCUAAGCAAUGGGAGAACAUUUCGCGGGUGCGCACCCGCUUCAGAAAGCAGCAGGGGUGGCUCAAAUGGGAUCAUGGUGACAAUGGUGAGAAAGUGAUUCGCAGCACGCAGUCCUUGAAGUACAAUGCAGAGACCCUUUCAGCGAUCUUCCUGGUGCACGGUCUGCGAAAGUUCAAUGUGACAACACUCCGAAACGAGGUGAAGGAGUUGUUCCAGACAGUCGGCUAUGUGCCGGAGAAGCCAGACGAGGUCGAUGAUGAUGGGGGAGAUCUUAAGAAGCUUUACUACUUUGCUCUGCGCCGCUGCCAAGAUGACAAGACUGUCCAGGAGCUCUUCAGAAUCAUUCGACGGCUGAAACGUGGGGUUGCACUUCCCGAGCUGAACCAGGGGGAAGACAGCGAGGCUGAGGAUGAUGAAGACAAUGAGGGAGAAGAGGAAGAGGAAGAGGAGGAAAAGGAGGAGGAUGAGGAACUUGAAGCGGAUGGGGAAGGCCAUGAGAAUGGUGAGGAGGAAAAGGAAUCCUUUACGGAUGACAAGGAGGUGGACCCUGAUCCCCCCCUGCGACAGAGCUUGAAAAGGCCAGCCGCUGCCAAGGCUGCCCCCGCAGACAAGACGAGAACCAAACCUCUCAUUGCAAUGCCCCCGCCCCCAAAGCCAAACCCGAAAAGGAAGGUCAAGGAAACCGAGCCAGAGUUUGAAUUCCCUGAAAUCAAACCGAACCCACUUGCAUCAGGGUCAGGACGAUCAGAGGCUAGGGUCGAGCUGGACUGGGCAAGCGCCGAGAUACAGAGAUUGGAAGCAGAACUCGGAGUGCUGCCAGGAUAA